UUAAAACACACGUAUUGGGCCGAGUUAUUGGGUUUAAUUGUCUAAACGACACCGUUACAUGGUUUUCUCUUGCAGAAGUUGAAGCUUACCCGCUCAUGGGAGAUUGGAUGGCCACAAGCGCACCACACCAUCACUUAACUAAACCAUCUAAAAGUUGCGACCUUGAGGAAUUUCAGUUCAAGGGUUGGUUAUUGUUUUUCCCGGUGAAUUUGGCGGCAACAUGCGAAAUUGGAGCGUUUGGUUUCUCUUUGAUUGUUCUUGCUGGUGAUAUUGUGUUGGAAAAGAUGCAAGCUUUAAGCAUUUGGCCACUAAAGUCUGGUCUUUUAGUUGGAUCGAGAUUGGAAUUUGAGUUGGAUUGUUCUUGUUUUGUAGUUAGCCAUAAGUCUAGAAAGAGGCAUUGUUCUGCUGAACAGGGUUGCUUUGGUAGAAUCUCUAGCUUGAUCUUGGUUUCGAAUAAUAGGAAAUUUGAAGGUUUGGCCAUUAAUCCUACAUCAAAAGUUGUGUUUCUGUGUGAGCCAAAGAGAAGUUUGUCGGGAUCAUCGGUUGGGGUGGGAUGGGCCACGGAGCAACGAGAGCUCGGGGAAGAAGUUUCCACGGAAGAUUCAAGUUCAGUUAUUGUUGAUCAUUCUGAAACACAAGAUGUAAAAGGAAGAGAAAAAACCAAUUCAAGAGUUGACGUUAGAGAAUUGGCGUAUAGUUUACGAGCUGCUAAGACAGCGGAUGAUGUGGAUAUUGUUCUCAAGGAGAAGGGAGAAUUACCUCUACAAGUCUAUUGUGCUAUGAUUAGGGGUUUUGGCAAGGACAAGAGACUGAAGCCUGCGAUAGCCGUAGUAGAUUGGCUUAAGAGGAAGAAGAGUGAAUCAGGCUGUGUCAUAGGUCCAAACCUUUUUAUAUAUAACAGCCUUUUGGGUGCGAUGAAACAGUCGAGUGGAUUUGGGGAAGCAGAGAAGAUACUGAGUGAUAUGGAGGAAGAAGGGAUUGUUCCAAACAUUGUUACUUACAAUACUUUGAUGGUUAUUUACAUGGAGGAAGGGGAGUUUCACAAGGCCCUUGGGAUUCUUGAUUUAGUCAAGGAAAAAGGUUUUGAGCCUAACCCGAUAACAUAUUCAACGGCUUUGCUUGUCUACAGAAGAAUGGAAGACGGUAUGGGAGCUCUCGAGUUCUUUGUUGAACUGAGAGAGAAAUACUUAAAGAGGGAAAUAGGGAAUGACGCUGAUUACGAUUGGGAAUUUGAGUUUGUUAAGCUCGAAAAUUUCGUUGGUAGAAUAUGCUACCAAGUGAUGAGGCGGUGGCUGGUGAAAGAUGAAAACUGGACUACUAGAGUGUUGAAGCUUUUGAAUGCAAUGGACAAUGCGGGGCUUAAACCGAGUAGGGAAGAGCACGAGAGGCUUAUAUGGGCAUGUACGCGUGAAGAACAUUAUAUUGUUGGUAAAGAGUUGUAUAAAAGAAUCAGAGAGAGGUUUCCUGAGAUAAGUCUAUCUGUCUGCAACCAUUUGAUUUGGCUGAUGGGUAAGGCUAAGAAAUGGUGGGCAGCGUUAGAGAUCUACGAGGAUCUUCUUGACGAAGGACCUGAACCGAACACUUUGUCUUACGAAUUAGUGGUCUCUCAUUUCAGUAUCUUGCUGAGUGCAGCUAGUAGGAGAGGGAUAUGGAGAUGGGGAGUUAGGCUACUUAACAAAAUGGAAGAUAAAGGAUUGAAACCGCAGAGCAGACAUUGGAAUGCGGUUCUUGUAGCGUGUUCAAAAGCCUCUGAGACCACAGCUGCGAUCCAAAUCUUUAAAGCAAUGGUUGACAACGGCGAAAAGCCAACAGUAAUCUCAUACGGUGCGCUGCUCAGUGCUCUUGAGAAAGGGAAGUUAUAUGAUGAGGCGUUUCGAGUUUGGAACCAUAUGAUUAAGGUAGGGAUUGAGCCAAAUCUUUACGCGUACACGACAAUGGCUUCAGUUUUGACAGGACAGCAAAAAUUCAAUCUUUUGGAUACCCUUCUCAAGGAAAUGGCAUCAAAAGGUAUCGAGCCGAGCGUUGUGACUUACAACGCAGUUAUAAGCGGUUGCGCGAGGAACGGGUUAAGUGGUGUGGCUUACGAGUGGUUUCACAGAAUGAGAGGUGAGAAGGUCGAGCCUAAUGAGAUAACCUACGAGAUGUUGAUCGAGGCGCUUGCAAAUGAUGCAAAGCCAAGGCUUGCUUAUGAGUUACAUUUGAAGGCUCAAAACGAAGGGCUUAAGCUCUCUUCUAAGCCAUACGAUGCGGUUGUUAAAUCAGCUGAGACUUAUGGAGCCACCAUUGAUCUUAAUCUGUUGGUUUCUGUCUCUUCCCAUGAACACAAACUCAAUUGGGUAGUUCCUCCAGCAAAUUCUUCUGCGAGUUUCAAUGAUUGGGCUUCCAAUAAACGGUUCCAAGUCGGAGACAUCAUUCAAUUCAAGUACAAGAAAGACUCAGUGAUGCAAGUGACGAAGGAGAGUUACAAGCAGUGCAAUUCUUCGCACCCGAGAUUCUACUCGAAUACGGGCAAGACCAGAUUCAUGUUUGAUCACUCUGUUCCUUACUAUUUCAUUAGUGGAACGUCUGGUCACUGCGAGAAAGGUCAGAAGAUGAUUGUCGAGGUCAUAUCUCUCGACCAGACCACCAAGUCCUCUGCUCCUCCGGCUGCCUUUGGCUAUUUUGUUAUGCUUAUUCAGCCUCUCUUUAUCUUUUGUAGCUUAGUAUCACGCGGUGCUUAAUAUGGAUGUAGAAUGGGUUUGGUUUGCUUAUACUUGGUUGUAUUCAUCGUGAAUUAUGUGUUCCGUGUAGUCUACUUAGAUUAUGAUUUAUGAAUGAUAGCUUUGGUAUUCUCUGAUCAUGCAUACAUUUGUUCAAAUGGGCUUACUUUAAUGGGCUUAUUUUGUCUACCUUCCCAGUUCGAAAUAUAUAGCUUUGGAAAUG